GAGUUGUUGGCUUGGCAGAAACCACCAAGCCAGGUUUGACGGUCGCGGAGAUCUCAGCCUCCUCGGUAGCGCCAUGGGUGGGACAUCGUCGCAACCCAUCGACGUACGCGUCACGGACCGGAAGAGUCUGACCAAGGAGCUGUGCCUGAGGAGAAAAGACUAUGAAUCCAUGCAGCACAGGUAUGUGGUUGAGGGCCUGACCAACCAGCAGGAGAACAGUAGGAACAGGGUUGCAGAGUUGCUUCAUCGAGCUGCAAUCCGAGAUCCCGAAAUAUGCCAGGGCGGUGAGAAUUCGCAGGUCUUCAUGGAAGCUAGCAUGCUGCCAUUGGUGAUUUCCUUCCUCUUCGGUGGUGCAUUGAUCCGCUGCUUUGAAGUUUGCCCUCUUUGGUUCGUUGUCUACUACAAGACGUUAGAUCAGGUGUUCUCCAAGAUUGACAAGGGCUUCAAGCAGUACUACGGUCAGUCACUCCACUUGGAGUAUGCCCGGACCGAUUGGUCUCCAGUGCACGUGGCAGAAGCUGGCAUCAGGAUUGACAGGAUCUUGAUUGCCAGGGUGACCAGUAACCACGUGAACCACUGCACAAAAGUGUCCUAUGGAUAUGCCUACAAGAGUGGCCAGCUUGCGGAGGAGGAAGAAAAUAACAACAACAAAGGCUAUGAGGACAAGACGGAUCCUUUUGAGUGCUCCUUCAAGUUUGACACCUUUAGCAGAGGCACAUCCCGAUCCUUUUGGAUCCACAAGGACAUUUGCCGUUUCCAUGGUGAUGAAACUCGUGUAGCAGCAACCCAGAACAUCACACCAGUCUGUGUGAAUGACCGCAUCGAGAUUGCAGUGAACCUUUUCAAUGCCAUGGGCUUGGUGGAUGUGGACCGUGUCCGUUGGCGACCUCUAGAGAUCUUUCCAGUUCAGGAGCGGCAAUGCCCAAUUGAGCAAGAACUCUUCGAUUGGUAUGACCUUGACUCCUUCCAGUCACAGAGCGUGGAAAGAUUGCAGAUUCCAGACUUCUUCAGCGUCCAGUUGAGGCACAUUUCCACGGAGUAUGCCGGCAUCGAUGUGGCAGUGAGCAGGACCCAACUGCGAGCAGAUGCGCAAGGAGUGGUGCCCCAGGCAGACCGGAUCUUAGGUUCCCGCUUUGAGGUGCUGCCAAGGAGCAGCCCCAUCAUCCUCCCAUUGAAGCGGGUUGGUUUGCAGCAUGACCGUUUCACGAAGAUCCAGUUGCGUCAGGGUGACUCCAUCCUUCUCUACAUCAGUCAGGGUGGCAAGAUGACUUGAGUCGAUGAGUUGAGAUGAGAUGAGUCGAGACUCAGAAGGUCACGGGCAACGUGGCUUGGCUUCAAGAUGAUGUGAGUCGGGCCCGGGGCAUAGGCAUGGCAUGGGAAAACCUUGGCGAAGGCCGAAGGUGUCAGCAUAAUUGGACUGAUCAAAUUAAGGAAGAAAAAGA